UCAGUUUGCGCUCAUGGAUUUCUAGAGUUAUCGUACAGUCUCGCGAUAUCUGACACCUUCAAACUUCCCCAUGAACCUUUGCGUGUUCUCUUUCCAGCCGUCGCCUGAGAAUGGGUAUCUCUAGGGACAACUGGCAUAAACGCCGCAAGACCGGCGGCAAACGCAAACCCUACCACAAGAAGAGGAAGUAUGAACUGGGUCGCCCCCCUGCAAACACAAAGAUUGGACCUCGCCGUAUUCACACGGUGAGGACCCGCGGUGGCAACAAGAAGUACCGCGCUCUGAGGGUCGACGUGGGUAACUUCUCCUGGGGCUCUGAGUGCUGCACUCGUAAGACCAGGCUCAUUGAUGUGGUGUACAACGCCUCCAACAACGAGUUGGUGAGAACCAAGACCUUGGUGAAGAACUGCAUCGUUCUCGUCGACAGCCUGCCUUACAGGCAGUGGUAUGAGGCCCACUUCGCCACUCCUCUGGGACGCAAGAAGGGAGCCAAGCUGACUCCCGAGGAGGAAGAGGUGAUCAACAAGAAGAGGUCGAAGAAGAUUCAGAAGAAGUUUGACGAGCGUAAGAAGAACUGCAAGAUCAGCCCUCUCCUGGAAGAACAGUUCAUGCAGGGGAAACUCCUCGCCUGCAUUGCCUCCAAGCCCGGCCAGUGCGGCAGGGUGGAUGGCUACAUUUUGGAGGGCAAGGAGCUGGAGUUCUACCUGAGGAAGAUCAAGGCCAAGAAGGGCAAAUAGAUCCGCUGUUUAAUACCAUGUCAAUAAAAACACAAAAGUCCCACGAGCUUCAAGGUCUUUUAUUUUUUUAGAUGUAUCUACUCAACCAUACACCCGGACACGUUGAAUGUGCCAGCGGUGUCCAAUUUACUCCCACCUGUUGAUAAAACGUUCCGUCCACACUGCCUGUCAACAGCUCAUUUGAGCUGUUCUUGCCAUCAUAUGCACUUGGGUCUUUUACCAAAUAGGGCUUUAUUCUGUAUACCACCUCAACCAAUCAUUUGUGUUGUGACAAGGUAAUCUUCUGUAUACCACCUCUACCUUGUCACAACACCACUGAUUGCCUCAAACGCAUGAUGGAAAGAAAUUACUCAAAUUAACUUUUGACAAGGCACAUCUGUUAAUUGAAAUGCCUUCCACGUGACUACCUCAAGAAUCUGGUUGAGAGAGUGCAAAGCUGUCAUCAAGGCGAAUGGUGGCUACUUUGAAUAAUCUGAAAAGUAAAAUAUAUUUUGAUUUGGGUUUUUUUGGGGGGUUACUACAUGAUUUCAUGUGUUAUUUCAUAGUUUUGAUUCUGUAGUAAAAUAAAACCCUGGAAUGAG